GACCGUAGGCUAUAAGGUCGAGUGAGUUUGUUUGAGCUGCGAGAUCAGUAGCGCUCCCUAUUGUUUCGUCCUAUUUUCACGUCUGAUUUGGACUAAGGCAUUAUUUUUCUCAAUUAUCAUAACAACUGACACAUCAUAUUUCAUUUAUCUUUGAGAUGCACAAUUGCUAAUCAUAUUACUCAUUUGCUCAUGUGGGACAGUUCUUCACACAAUAGCGCUGCUGAUUGUUUCCAUGUUCCUAUCAUGGAGCACUCAACUUCCGCUAACUGUUUGCAGUAAUGCUGGUUCAAAAUCCUACUUUGCCAUGUUUUGCAGUUGCUGGUGAUUAUUGCCCAUCUUCCUCUACUCGAUCCACUCAUACUCAGCCUUUAGCACAGUUUUUUGGACUACCUGUGCCAAUCAGAAUAGUACUGAAUCCUGAACAAUCAUUAACUCAAUCUCAUUUUUCAGUAUUUCCGCCUGGUCAGAGUGUUGAUACACAGAGUCAUCAUCAAAUUAGCUUCUCCGGAGACUGUCUUUCAAAUAAUUUCACACCGAUAGCUGUUAACAUGCCUCGUCAUUCGCGGUCUAAUGAAAAUCAAGAUAUCGAUCCGCCUGUUUUCACAGAGCCGCUUGGUCCAGUCGCCACGGGUUGUAAACGUGAUGCAUCUGCAUUAUCAGCCAAUUGUACAAUACCUCCUAUAACAACAACAACAACAACAACGGCAAACUUGCCAUUGGAUCCUAAUGAUCAGUGCACUAUUUACCUCCCCCCGAAACCUAAAGAAUCUGAAAGAAUGAUGCAUAUUCAACGAUGGGUGAAUCAUCUUCCUUGGAAUAUAACUAUGUGUGAUGCAUCAGGCAGAUCUCGUGUACCCUAUCCUAUCCCUGUUCGUUCGCAUGUAGAUGAAGAUCGUGAAUUAACUCCUCCACCUGGUCGAACUUAUUUAACUAGACUACCAUUUACAGCUGAAGAACAACAGGCUAUGGUUCGAUUUUUUCCUUCGCAUACAAAUCAAUAUCGACAUCAACAUCAAACAAAUGCUGCUCCUGAUCCUCAACCUCGAUAUCAUCCCUUUCCUAAUCAUUGUCCAAAUCAACAACCUUCCAAUAAUCAUAAUCAUUUCCCUUCAUCUCAGAGACCUAGUCAAGAAGCUGGUAAUGUUUUCCCUUCUGUUAGACAUAUACCUGAAUAUAUCAAUGAGACUAGUCGAAAACGUGGACAAGAAGAUGUUGGUGGCAGUCGAUUAUUUGCUGAUUGGGAGACUAGAUUAAUUAGUCGACUAUUUAAAGAAUUCUUUCAUGGAAAUCCUAAACCUACAGGUGUAUGCGGUACAUUACCAUCUCUUAGUGAAGUACGAUCUCGUAUAGCUUCAUCAAAAUUAAAAGAGACAAGAACAGCUACAGCUGUUCGAUCAAAAAUUCGUAGAAUGCAAUCCUCUGGUACAUGGUUAAAAUAUCAAUGAUUAUAAGGUAUGUGUUGUUGGUGUUCUCUUAAUGAAAAUGAUCCUCUUUUUGUAUGUGUAUUAAAUGUGAUGAUUGAAGAAAUAAAUAAUGGUGCUCAAUUGAAUUAACCUGUGAACAACAACAUGAAUACGUAUAUAUAUACGUAUAAUAUGAAUAGCGCUCAAGUUAUUAUACCUAUUGUGUUUCUUCAAUGAGAAUUCCUUCUAUUAUAUGCAUGUCAUUGGAUUGUUUCUCACUUUUGUUCAAUCAAAAUUAGUUGAUACUUUCAUGUUGCAUCAUUCCAGAGUUAUGCAUCUUCAUGAAUGUAUGUAUGUGUGUGUGUGUGUGUGUGAUCUUUUUUUAAAUGGAAAGGUAGUAAACUUUUGUGUUGAAAAAUUGCCUCUUCACUUUCUAAUCUACAGUAAUACAUAUACAUAUAUCUUCAUAUAUCAUCAUGGAAUGAAUAAUCCUCUUGGAUUACUUACUGUAACGUAACAAAUGCUGUUCAUAGCUCUCCCUCUAUCUCUCUCUCUCUCUGUCUGCCUGCGCAUUGCUUUCUGUUUAUUUUUCAAAAGAGAAAAAUUUAGGAGGGGAACCCAUUUCUGUCUUUGUUCUCCUUCCUUCUUUUGUGUGUAUUUGUGUGUCUAAUAUUAUUGUGGUUUUGUGUAUUCUUACAUGAUUCUUUCUGAUUUCGUUUCUUUUUAUUCCGUUUGUUUGCGUAUUAUUCAGUGCGUUCAGUAGAGUAUUAUCAUGAAACAGUAUACAUAUUGUUAGUAGUAGUGUUUUGUUUUCUCUCUUUGUGCCGCUCCCCCCCCUUGCCCUCCCAUCUCCUUCUUAAAGUUUUCUUUUACUCCUGUUUUCUUCUCUCAAUUUUGUUCCUGUUUUUAGUCAUCAAUUGUGUGCUGUGCAUAUCAAAUGUAGUUGUUUGUUUUUGUUUUGUGUGUGAUCACGUUGAUUGGGGUUUCUCUUCAUCUACUUGUCUUUUUUAUGUGAGGUGAACAAGAAAAGAGGAAUCAGCACGUCGGUUACCUUGAUUCUUCUUUGUCUAUCUUCAACUGGAGGUAAACCAGUUCUUUAGACAUGUUAGUAGUUAUUGAUGCUGAUGAUGGCGAUAAUAAUAAUAAUGUGCUUGUCUUAAUUCGUUGAUUGGAUCUCAGAUCUACCUGAAUAUAUCCAUGUAUAUUUGACAUAAAUAUACAAUAGACAUAAAUUGAUACUUACUCA